AUGACCUAUCAGUACGGGGUCCCUGGUGCGUGGUAUGCGUUUGCGUUCACCAUCCAAAUAACUUUUUUUUCCGUGGUGGCCCUGGAAAUUAAACGCAAGGCCCCGGGAGCACACACGGUGCUGGAAAUUGUGCGGGCGCGUUUUGGACGCGCGGCCCACUGGGUGUGUCUGUUCUACGGCAUGGGCACCAACGUCAUUAUCUCGGCAAUGCUGUUGCUCGGCGGAUGCCAGGCCAUCAGCGUGAUCACCGGCAUGCACGUGGUGGCAGCUGCCAUGCUGCUCCCGCUAGGUGUUUGGGCGUACACCGUGACAGGCGGACUGAAAUCGACAUUUUUGUCGGACUGGAUACACACCGUGAUCAUUUAUGUGGUCAUCGCCGUGACGCUGUUCACCACGUACACCCAGAGCAGCAAAAUCGGCUCCAUCGACAAGAUGUACGAGCUGCUCCAGGAAACGGCGAAAACCAACCCUUCCGCAGGGUACAAAGGCAGCUAUCUGACAUGGACGAACAAAACGGCGCUGUUCAACGGCUGGAACAUCGUGGUGGGCGGCUUUUCCACCGUCUUUACCGACCCCAGCUACAGCCAGAAAGCACUCGCCGCAUCGCCCCGGAGCAGCAUGUGGGGGUAUUUUUUCGGCGGCCUAUGCUGGCUGAUUAUCCCGCUCGCGCUCUCCUCGUGUACAGCCCUGUCUGCACUCGCAUUGAUGCACGACACGUCCUCGCCAACUUACCCUGACCCGAUCCCGGCUGAGCUCGUCAGCGAGGGCAUCCCGAUGCUGUACGGAAUGUACCAGAUUCUGGGCCGGUCCGGAGCCGCUGCCGGCAUGCUGAUGGUCUGGCUCGCAGCCACGUCUGCUACCAGUGCCGAGCUAAUCGGCUUCUCGUCCGUUGUCACCUACGACAUCUACAGAGCGUACAUCAACCCGGCCGCGUCAGGAAAACAGCUGAUCAGGGUGUCGCACCUGUGCGUGACGGUCUUUGCCAUUGCCAUGGGCGCGCUCACCGUGGUGUUCAACUAUAUCGGGAUCACCAUCUCGUGGAUCAUCACGUUUAUCGGGAUCGCUCUAGGUCCCGGCGUGUUUGCUUUUGUGCUCACCCUGUUCUGGAAAAAAAUGACGCCGCUGAGCGUGAUCAUUGGUCCGCCACUUGCCACCGUUAUUGCCAUCAUCGGCUGGUGCUCUUCGGCCAAGUCGUUCUACGGAGCCGUCAAUAAGGACACGCUUGGCGAACAGUACUCUUGCGCUGUCGGUAACUUUGUGGGGCUCUUUGGCUCGCUAAUCUUCAUUGUGGCCAUCUCCUACAUCCGGCCGCUGGAAGAGGACUACGAUUUCGGCACGCUGGACUCAAACUUCGUUGCCGGAGACGAUGCUACCGUGCAGGAAGCAAAGGCAAUGGAAGUUGCGGAAAAGGACUCCGCCAAGGAGCUAAAGAGAUACUCGAUGAUCGCACAGAUCAUGUCGUGGGCGUUCUUCUUCAUUGUCAUCUUCCUUAUUCCAAUGCCAAUGUACGGCCAGAAGUACAUCUACAGCAAGAAAUUUUUCCGUGCGUGGAUAGUGAUAAUCAUGAUCUGGCUGUUGCUGGCAGCGUGCUUCAUCAUUUUCUAUCCGCUCUGGGAGAGCCGCGACGUUGCCGUCAAGAUCUUCCGCGUGGUCACGGGACGCCAGCCGCCGGAACGGCCCCUGCUGCUCUCCGCGCAGGCCUCGCGCCGCUCCGACGAAGAUGUUGAUCACGUGACCGUCGAGCACGUGGGAAAGUUUCAGGCCGAUAAACCUAUAUAG